GUGCCGGGGAGCCAAUCAACCCUGAAGUGAUGGGAGAAUGGGAAGAGCACACUGGGCUGGAUAUUCACGAAGGCUACGGACAGGCAGAAACCGAUGAUCCAGAGAAAACCGAGGCAACAAUACGCGGGAAGUUUUACGUCACUGGAGACAGGGGGAUUCUGGACGAAGACGGAUACUUCUGGUUUGUUGGAAGAGCUGAUGAUGUCAUCAAUUCUGCUGGCUAUCGCAUUGGCCCAUUUGAAGUAGAAAGUGCCCUAAUAGAGCAUCCUGCAGUGGUGGAAGCAGCAGUUGUCAGCAGUCCGGACCCCAUCAGAGGCGAGGUAGUGAAAGCCUUUGUUGUUUUAACAUCCAAGUAUGUUUCACAUGAUCCAGAAAAACUGAUGCAUGAGCUACAGGACCAUGUUAGGAAAGUUACUGCUCCAUGCAAGUAUCCUAGGAAGAUGGAGUUUGUUCAACAGUUGCCAAAAACUAUUAGUGGGAAGAUCAGAAGAAAUGAACUGCGCCAGAAGGAGUGGAGAAAAGUUUAGAAUUACUUGCUGCUUUUUUAUAUCUUUUACAAAGUCAGAUAUUGCUGAUUUACCCUGUAAUGUAAAGUAAAAGACAUUAUAGUACGGCCUUCUUAGUUUAGGUUUUCACAAAUUCUGGUCUGACUCCCAGCCCUUUGGCUGUCCCACAUGCUACAGUAACAGCCCAUGGCAAGCAAACAGGCAGAGUGAUACAAAUGAAAUGGGAAACACCGACAAGAGCACCGUAGUUGGUCCAUGUUAGAUAAAUGUAAUAAACAAUUGUAGG